CCUAUUUUAAACCCGAACGCAGCACAAAAUCUCAAAGUAAGACCAUUAGCACCUCGAUAAGCCAUGGCAGCAACCGCCACUACCGGCGCCCGAAGCCAAAGCCGUCGCGAAUUGUCACCGCCGCCGUCUUUCACCGCCGACGACAUCAUCCUCCUCGCUCAAAACUCCUCCGCUACUCUCCCCCCAUCCUUAUCCUCCUCCACUGUCCUCCCUCUACUCCAGUCACCUUCACCUUCACUCCUCUCCUCCCUUCUAUCAAUUCUUUCUCGCUCCCCUCCUUCCUCCUCCCUUCUCACUCCCGUACUCCUCUCCUUCCUUCGUCUCUUCUUCUCCCGCACACUACCCAGAAACCUCGACUCUUCCCGUCUCUUCUACCUCAUCUUUCCCCUCCUAUCCCACCUUGACCACUUCCAUCUCCACUCCUUACUGGAUUUCAUCUUUUCCCAUCUCUCCGACAUCGCCGACGCUGACGACGCCCAAGUCCUCGAUCUUCUCCCUCACCUUCUCAACCUCGCCGCCCCCGAUGGCGAGCUCAUCAACGCAUUCCUCGAUAAACUCCUAUCCGUCAGUUGGUCCAAGGCACUGCUUGUCAAGAUGUGCUCGCUCAUCCGCGACUGCCCGGCUAUAUCUAGGGUUAGGGUUUCGGAAUUUCUUCGGAAGAUAUUCGACGGAAUGAGGGAUGUGGACAUCCAGGACCUCCCGUGGCUGGUGUUCCAGCUAUUGUUGCUCGCGUCUAAGGGAAUUAGUUCGGUUUCCCGAAAGCAACUGAUCGCCGAUUUGUUAAAGUUUUUCGAGAAGCCGAUGAAGGGAUCGCCUUCCGUCGUGCGGCAAGUGGAGGGGACGAUUCUGAUGCACGUGAACUUCGCCGUUAAGCAGGAUCCAUCGCUGGGUUCAGAGGUUAUCGCCGUUGUUCGCUCUGAUUUUGGUACGUUCAACCAUUUCGCUGCUGCGGUUUUGUUAUCCGUGGCCAGUAUUCGGCGGUUCAAUGAGAUAUCGAUUGGUGCUCUAAAAUCGGUCGUUAUUGGUUCUCAUCUGGAUUGCAAAAUUGCAAGGGAUUGCAAGUGGUUACCAGAUAUUACAAAGGAGGAAUUGCUGCAAAAUGCUAAGAACGUUGAAAAGGCAUUAGUUAGAACUAUUAAUGAGAGCAGCUCUGGGCGAGAGCAUUUGGUUCCUAGUAUUUUACAAUUUGGGUUUAUUAUGUUGGAUUCAGUGGAUGGGAAAAGUUGUGAAGGAAGUGGCAUUUCUAACGGACUGAUGAGCUGUGAAGAACUUGGAAUUCAAAUUCUUAAAACUCUGUUUGACGUUCAUGAAAUGACACGAAAUCAGAUGAUUGAACAGUGUAAAUUCCGGAUUCUUUCUUUGAAUCAUCAGAAAAGCUCUCCAGUUAUCAAGCUGUUCGGUUAUCUAGUAAAAGAUUACCCUUACCCUAUGCUUGAAUAUGUUGCACGCCUGAAGGAAUUACUGGAUUAUUUCACAUUCAUGCAUGAAAAAACUGCCAUUUCUGUAAUAGAUGCCAUCUUACCACUAAUUAAGUUCAGUAAAGAUCUCCGGGAUUACAUAAUUUUGGUUGUAAGAAAGGCUAUGUUCAGGCGACAAGAUGCUGUUCGUUCUGCUGCUGCUAGUACCAUCAUUGAUUUGAUUUUAGAGGAAAAUAGAUCAAAGAGAAUUGACUCUUUUCAAGAAUCAUCUAGCCAAGCUAGUUGUAGCCAGCAAGCUGAGUCAUUUUGCAGAACGGAAGGAUGCCUCUUUCAGGAGUUGAAUGGACUGCUAAGGAGGUGUCUCACGCAGCAGGUUUCAGUGAAGGAGAUUGUAUACAAGGGCCUUACAAAACUUGUCAUGUUGGAUCCCUCUACUUCUGGGCAUGUAUUUGACAUUCUAUGGCCUCACUUCCUUCAGUUUUACAGCCAGGAUGCUGAAUAUCCACUCAGGUUAGAUCUUUGCUAUGUGGUGGAGAAUGGAAAAGUUUCUCAAAUUGAACCUUUAGAUCAACUUUUAUCAUGCGUGUCUUGGGUUGUUCUCCUCCAGCAACAUGGACGAUCUAAUCAUCAAUCAGAGUAUUCAUUACCAUGCUUUGGCUUUACUCUUUCACAAGAUAACGAGGCCGGUAGAGUAUCAUCAAGUGAGCUGUUUAAAAUUGCUCUUUCAAAAAUUCGCAAAACUUUGAGCAAAUGGAUAUUUGAAGUUAACUUCAAACAGAAUGAAUGUUUGGGUUCUCAUUCUUUCCAAGGUGAGAAGUCUGAAAUCUAUGGUUGCCUUUUGCGUGGAAUUUUGGAGGUCUUUAUCAAUAUAGCAGCUACAGAGUUGGAAAAAGCAGCACAUGAAGAUGAGGCGGUUCUUGAAAAAGAAAUUAUGUGGCUGGUUGAUUCAUAUGACUAUGUUGAGAAGGAAUCAGGCUUGAAUAAACAGGGAUCUGGCAUUAGAAAAGGAACUUCAAAAACCGUUGACCAACACAAAACUGAUCGUGAGUUGAAAGACUCUCCUCGUACUUCUCAUUUGAAGUUGUUUUCAGUUAGAGGGUCACUUUUGGCCACAUCAAGCAUCCGCAAGCUCUUAAUUCUUGCUGUAAAUUCAUAUAAUGCUUCCAACUUCACCGACCAAACUACUCCCUUGAAUCAUAAUCGAUCAUCUCUGUGCAAGACAUUGGAUCAAUGCUUAAAACUAAUAUCCUUUACCUUGAAGGUUUGCUUUCAUCAUUUAAAAUCCAUCAUCUCUAUUGAUGGGGGAUCAAGUGGUGAUCCUUACAAAGCUAUAGUUUUCGGAGAUUUGAAACAGCUUGCACUUCCUAUUGUGCAGUUGAUAUGGUUGCUCAAAUCAGGAGCCAAAGUAGAAAAUAACACAACUAAGAAAGAAGCUAAAGGGAAAAGGAAAAUUGAAAAUAAAGGGAGCGAGCUUCAUCAAGCAUUGUUAUGCUUGAAUGAAUUGUUUAGAAUGAGCUCCUCAAAAGCUUACUUAACUGAACUAAUUGAGGUUUUAGACAGACUGGAUACGUCUGAACUAAAUCUGGGAAAUACAGUUGAAGUUGCUGACAGCAUGAACCACAAUCAAGCAGUGACGUUUGAUGAUUCUUAUGUCCGGACACUCCAUGUAUUCCUAUUCAAAAGACUAAAGCCACUUUAUUCCGGGCUAAUCUCUCUUUCACUUUUCCAGGAAGCAGUGGUUGUGUCUGAGCUGUUCUUGCUUAUUUGGAAGACCUUGCCAUUUGAGCAGAGGAAAUUAGAUGGAACUUGGAUGAUGAAUGUUUGCAAAAACAAAAAGAUAGUAAAUCCGAAGGCUGCACAAAAGUUGGUAACACAAGCCCUUCAUUUAAUGCCAUCUAAAAGUGAACUUAUUACUGCACAAGACAUAGCUUCAGAACUACUUCAAGUUAUGGGAUCUGAGGAGAAAGAUCCAAUUGAGAUCUCUAGAACAUAUCCCUUUGUCAACGAUUCAACAAAGGAUGCUAUUACUGUUGCAUUGUUUCAAUUAAUUGAAUCUUGUCUUGCGGACCUGGAUUGGUCUGUAUCAAAACUGAAGGCAAUCUCAAACCUCAAGUAUGAAUUUGAUCUUUCUACAAGGGACCUUCAAUUUCCUGAGAGGUCACCUGGUGUGAUUCUGGAAGAAGUGGUCCACUCCAGGUCUGAAUCACUGGUGAAUGUUUUGGCUUUCUUCACAGAGAUGAAUCUCAAAGAUUCUCAAGCUGAACAGUUUCUGAAGAUGACUGCAAAGUUUUACAGGCUUUUAGCUCGAAUGACUAAGCUUCGAAUUGCUUCGAAGGGAUGCAAGCAACUUCUACCUGGGCAAAAGUUUCAGAAGCUUGCUGAAGUUGCAUGCAGAAAGCUUACUAGUAAACUAUACAACUUUGUGGCUCUGGUGCAAAGGAACCAGCAAGGGAAUGUUCGUAUCAGAGGUAUUAUCAAUAAGAUCAAAAGGGAAAAUAAAUGCAUUCCAGACCUCAUAUUUCAGAUUGAAGAUUAUGAAAGAUAUCUGAUCCAACUCAGCAAGUUGACUAAGGUAAACUUGCUGAGGAAUGCCAAACGCAGCACAGUUAGAGAUUUUAAGAUCUUAGAAAUUAAGAAAACCGCAGCGCAAGAGGAGGAAAUUGUGCAUAAAUCUGGUUCGAUCAGUUCUAACUCAUCUCAGGAUGACUCUGGUAAUGAAUCUGAAGGGCCUAGUGAAGACAAUCCUGCUGAAAAAGUAGCAUCUCCAGACCCCAUUGGUGAAGAUGGUGCUGCAGAGGAUUCUGAAUCUGAUGAAGAUGUGCAUGUACUAAUAAGAAAUAAGAGGACCAAAAUGAGCAAGGUGGUGCACGAUUCUGAAGAUGAAGCCUAGUAAUGUGGUUUUUUUCAGUGCUAUGAGAUUCUUUGGGCAACAUUACGAUGAUAUACAAUGGUUAGCCACCUUUACCAUCAUAACCUUUUUUAGAUGGAGACUUUAUUAGCAAAGGUUCUCUUUUGGUUA